GGAGAUGACAGACAGAGGAGUGAAUGUGGACAGUAAACUAUAGAGUACAAGAAUAAAGGACAAACCAGAGGGACGAGAACUGUGCUGUGGACUACUACUAACUCAUCUGAGCUCUCUCUUCUAGUAUUUUAUGUGAUUUGCCAUUGCUACCUUCAGGAAAGACUUUUAAACUUUGCAACAGGGUCACAGCAUCAAGCAACAUGUUUAUUGUUGUGAUUCUCCAAAUAUAGCCUACUCCCCUCAGAUGUAACAUCAAUUAUGGUUUUGGUGUAAAUCUGGGUGAAGAAAAUGGAUGAUGGACUCUCCUCUGAGAAGAAACCAAGAUUAAAAGCCUUCAGCAUUCCCUCCAUCCCACCAUUCAUCCAUCAUGGCAGAGCCAUCUCCAGGCUGGUGGAAGCUGACCUUCCUGAGGAGAAAAAAAUCCCAGCCCAAGGUUCUGUAUGAAAUCCCUGCAGAGUCUGUUUCCAAUGCAACCACUGGCCAGCAUGGGUCCGGCACAGCCACUACAGCUGCUGCCCACCCGGAGGACAUGAUACACAACUCUCAGCUAGAUGCCCGACUGGAGAGGAUCAUGGAUAAAACAACAUCCACCAAGGGGCGCCACGUCAAGGUGUCUCACUCUGGGAGGUUUAAGGAGAAGAAGAAAGUGCGAGCCAGUCUGGCGGAGAACCCGGAGAUGUUUCCAGGGGGUGACCCCACAAAAGAUGAGAACCAGAGGGCCGGGAAGUGACAGUGUGGUGGUGGUUGCUGCUUCAUCCACUGUAUAGUUUAAAAGGGACUUAUUAUGCUUUUCCUUAUUUUAUGUCAUAUAUAUAGCAUUAAAAUGAAGGAUGUUCAUGUAAACAUGACCAAAGUUUCAAAUAGCAGGGUAAAGGUAUGUAGAAAUAAUUCCUGUGAGCAAAAACCUCAGGUUUGCUACCAUUGUGAACACUCCAUCUCCAACAGUUUUUUUCUACUCUGGCUACAGUAUGAGGUCACAUUAUGCUGGAUUUCUUCAUAAGGUCUUCUGUUCCAGGCACACUACUGCAACUGCUAUGUAGCUUAUACUGCUAAAUGAAGCUACAUGCUAACGACAGGAAGACAAUGUUGGAAAUUUCUCCCCGGUUUUCAGAUCAUAUUUCUGCUGGAAGUUCACCCUUACAUGUUAGCUGCAAUACUAAUGCAUAUACUGUGGUCUACCUUUUUUUAAUCAAGGCAAUGUAUUUCAAUGGAAUCAACAUCUAGCAAAAUAUGAAACUGAACCUGAAAGAGAGCAAAUAUUCUAGAAAGUUCUCAGCCAUUGCUUUAGAAGUCCAACUGGGGAGGUUGUGGGUGUUCAAUGACUGUUUCCUGAAAAUGAAUUUGUAGCUUGGUGUAGCUGAAAUCAGCGCUGGUAUCUGUGUACACACCCUCUCCACUAGAAGACAAACAGACUGCGUGCCUAGAAUAUAACCACAUCAAACUGCCAAUGUGCACAUGUUGCCAAUAAAACCAGUAGAGAGCAGCAUUGCGCUAUCCAGAACCCUACCCUAACCUUUUAACAAAUUGAACCUGUUCAUUCAAACUCUCCCCUAUUUUAGUUUUUGUGUUAAAGUAUCAAAAUAGAUGUCAUGCUCCUAUAGUUGCUAUAAACAUUUCAAUUUGGUUUGUCAGUGCUCCAAAACUUGGGAUUUUUUUUUUUGUAAAUUAAUUAUAUGAAUAAAAAGUGCCUGGUUUUAAAAGUAAA